AAAAUGGCGGCCGCUGCACAAAAUGGCGGCCGUGCCUCACGGAGCAAAGCCCACAGUGCACGGGGAGCAGGGACAUGGAGCUGCCUCCUGCCGUCGCCCCUGGACUCCUGGAGUCACCUUCCUGCUGCCCACACCCAGACAGCCGUGGGUGUCCCACUGGACCUGCCACUGUAUUGUGUCUGUGCCACGUGCCUGCGGCCCCCACCAUGUUCUCAGUGCUCACAGCUGCCCCUCCUGCCGCCUCUGCGGGCUGGGUGGGGCUGCAAAGGGCCCCCCAGGCUCUUUCCACUCUCUACGACUCAGCUCUAGCUGAUGCUGCUUUGUGGGAGCUCUUUUGUGAUACAGAGUCCCCUCUAGGAUCAGACGGAUCAGGGGACAAGGGGCCAUCAUCUAGUGCUCGUCCCCCAGCCCUGUCAGACUUACAGGCCUUUGCUGGCGGCGCAGGGGUCAGCGUGGUUGCCGCGGUUGUUGCCAGGUGCUGCAGACAGGUGAGAUGUGGCUGCUGCUGGUGGCCCUGGGCCUGGCCCAGGGGCUGGAAGAUGCCAUCCCAGGUGCUGAAGUGUUCUACAACCCUGAGACAUUCAUGAACAUUAGCCAGAAGAUCCUUCUCCACGGGUAUCCCAGCGAGGAGCACGACGUGAUGACAGAGGAUGGCUACUUCCUGAGCCUCAACCGGAUUCCCCACGGCAAGGAGGGAGCUGGGCUCUCAGGACCCAGGACCCCCGUGCUGAUAGUGCAUGGGUUUUGUCUGGAUGGUGGUGACUGGGUGGACAAUUUCCCUGACAGCAGCCUGGCCUUCAUCCUGGCGGAUGCGGGAUAUGACGUCUGGAUCGGGAACAACCGGGGCAACAGCUGGUCCCGCCGGCACCGCAGCCUGUCCAUCAGCUCCCAGGAGUUCUGGGAUUUCAGCUUCCACGAGAUGGCCGUGUACGACCUCCCGGCCAUGGUGGGCUUCAUCCUGAUGCAAACUGAGCAGGAGAAGCUGUUCUACGUUGGCCACGCUCAGGGCAGCACCCUGGGUUUCAUAGCGUUUUCCAGCUUGCCACAUCUGGCUGAGAAAAUCAAACUGUUCUUUGCCCUGGCUCCUGCGUACACCUUCCACCAUGCCCGGGGCCCUGUGUUAAAGCUGGCCUUUCUACCAGACCUGCUGAUCAAGGAGCUGUUUGGAACCAGAGAGCUGGUUCUGGUGCCCAGGAAUGAGAAGGGGUUGCUGAUUGAGACGUGCAGCAAGCUGCUGACAGCUGAAGUGUGUGCCAACAGUAUCUUCUUCGUUGGAGGGUUCGACAGGGACAACUUGAACACGAGCCGACUGGAUGUGUACAUAUCUCAUUUUCCAGACUAUACAUCAGUAAAAAACCUUCUGCACUGGGGACAGACUGCAAAAACCGGGAAGUUCAGGCAGUUUGACUACGGGCUGAAAAACGUGGAGAAGUACAAGCAGCUGACGCCGCCCUCGUACCGGAUCGAGGCCAUGAGGGUGCCGGUGGCCGUGUGGAGCGGGGGCCACGACUGGGUCACCCCCCCUGUGGAGACCUGGCGUUUGCUGCGCCGCCUCACCAACAUCGUGCACCACGAGCACUUCCCCGACUGGAACCACUUCGACCACCACUGGGGCCUGAACGCCCCGCAGCGCAUGUACGGGAGGAUGGUGGCCCUGAUGGAGGAGAAUCCAUGAAUCCAUCUAUGCAUCCAUCUAUGAAUCCAUGCAUGAAUCCAUCUAUGAACCCAUGUAAGAAUCCAUCCACGAACCCAUCUGUGAAUCUAUCCAUGAACCCAUCUAUGAACCCAUCCAUGAAUCUAUCUAUGAAUCCAUCCAUGAACCCAUCCAUGAACCCAUCUACGAAUCCAUCCAUGAACCCAUAUGUGAAUCUAUCCAUGAACCCAUCUAUGAAUCCAUCCAUGAACCCAUCCAUGCAUCCAUCCAUAAAUCCAUCCAUGAACCCAUCCAUGAACCCAUCCAUGAAUCCAUCCAUGAACCCAUCCAUGAACCCAUCUAAGAAUCCAUCCACGAACCCAUCUGUGAAUCUAUCCAUGAACCCAUUUAUGAAUCCAUCCAGGAAUCUAUCUAUGAAUCCAUCCAUGAACCCAUCUAUGAAUCCAUCCAGGAAUCUAUCUAUGAAUCCAUCCAUGAAUCCAUCUAUGAAUCCAUCCAUGAAUCCAUCUAUGAAUCCAUCCAGGAAUCCAUCUAUGAAUCCAUCCAUGAAUCCAUCCGUGAAUCUAUCCAUAAACCCAUCUAUGAAUCUAUCCAUGAACCCAUCCAUGAACCCAUCCAUGAAUCCAUCUAUGAAUCUGUCCAUGAAUCCAUCCAGGAAUCCAUCUAUGAAUCCAUCCAUGAAUCCAUCCGUGAAUCUAUCCAUAAACCCAUCUAUGAAUCUAUCCAUGAACCCAUCCAUGAAUCCAUCUAUGAAUCUGUCCAUGAAUCCAUCCAUGAAUCUAUUCAUAAACCCAUCUAUGAAUCCAUCCAUGAGCCCAUCCAUGAAUCCAUCCAUGCAUUCAUCCAUGCCUCAAUCUAUGAAUCCAUCCAUUAAUUCAUCCAUUAAUCCAUCUAUGAAUCCAUCCAUGAACCCAUCUAUGAAUCCAUCCAUGAACCCAUCUAUGAACCCAUCCAUGAAUCCAUCCAUGGAUGCCCCAGGAUGGAGGAGCUGCCCGUUCCCAUGUGCCUUGGGGCAUGGUGUUUGUGUAAGGGAUGCCCUGCUUAAAAAUGUCUCCUGUCCUCCUGUUCCACUCUGAUUUAGUGCUUUUAAAUGCAAUGCUGUGAUUUCUGCCCACCCUCUGUGUCUGUAGAGAUUGCAAUAAAGUCUUGCAUCACAGCCAAACUCCAGCCCUUGGCUUGCUGGGUUUGCAG